GGCAUAGAACUUGUUCGAAAAACUAUGCUAGUGGCCACACGCCUUAAAAUGAAGGUUUUCUGUGAGAGCGUUUUUUCAAUAGAAGGGAAAACGUGACAAUGCUUCCUAUGCGUGUGUAAAAAGUGCUAAUUGUUGUCAACUUUGACCCUAAUUAUCUCACUUAAAUCGUGGUAGAAAAUUACAAAAAAAAUUUGAUAAAAUAGAUCUUUAUUUCAAUUAAAAAAUAAGCCUUCUUUGAUCAAAAUCUGUGAGAGUGAAUUUUUUUUCAAUAUUUUGACAUACCGCCUUAAUAAAACAUUUAAACGUAAAAAAGUUGAAUAUUAUUAUACAGACUGUCCCCUUUCAAUCUGAUAAUGGAUUUUUCUGGAAAUAUAUGGCUUGAAUCGAAAAAUGAUUCAAGUAAAAGACAGAACAAAAAAAUAAAAAAAUUAAAAAUGGCGGAGUUUCAGAAAUACUGAGGAACAUGUGCAGACAAAGACAGUAUACAGAUAUUAUGGAGCAUUGAAUGGCAGUUGGAAGAAAGAAAUAUAAUAAUUCCAUAAAAAAAAAAAAAAUAAAACCAGAUCUACCAUUAAAAAAUUGAGAUGAAUCCACAAUCUUUUAUUCAUGCUGAAAGGUUGAUACCUUCAACAUAUGUUCAACAAGGACUCAAUGCAAAAAAAACUAGAGAAAAUCUUAUUCGGCAUUUUAUUGAACACCGUAAAUGGCCCGAAGAGGGAUGGGACGAAAUCACAAUCGAAUCAUUUCUCAUGGAUUUAUCACAAAUGGACAGCAAUAAUUUUCCUUUAAACUGCAGUGUCGGUGAAAGAGAAUCAAGAAUAAUAUCAAAUAUCGUCGCAAGACGUCACUUUAGAAUGGGACAUGGAAUUGGAAGAUCUGGUGAUCUUGAGGAAGUACAGCCAAAAGCUGCGGGCAGUAGUCUUAUGUACAGAUUGACGAAUGCAUUAGUUGUAGAAGUCAUUCGGUACAUGGGUGUUAAAAGUAUUGCAGGAUGUUUUUUAUCACCUAUGGCAACAGGAAUGAGUCUUGUUCUUUGUAUGUUGACACUGAAACAAGAUAGACCUAGAGCAAAGUAUGUAUUGUGGCCAAGAAUUGAUCAAAAAUCAUGUUUUAAGUCAAUAAUAACAGCUGGGUUAGAACCAAUUGUUAUUGAAAUGCAAAUAAUUGGUGAUGAAUUAAAAACAGACUUACAAAAACUGGAAUCACAAAUGGCAGCUCUUGGAGAAAGUAUUGCAUGUGUACUUACAACAACAAGUUGUUUUGCGCCACGAUCAACCGAUUCUGUUGAUUUAAUUGCUGUUCUUUGUACACAAUAUAACAUUCCACAUGUUGUUAACAAUGCAUACGGAUUACAAAGUACAAGAUGUAUGCAUUUGAUACAAGAAGCAUCAAGAAAAGGUCGAGUUGAUGCAUUUGUACAAAGUACGGAUAAAAAUUUCUUAGUACCAGUUGGGGGUGCAAUAAUUGGUUCAUUUGAUAAAAAUACACUUGAUAAGAUAUCAAAAAUGUAUCCGGGUCGUGCGAAUGCAAGUACAACAAUGGAUGUAUUAAUUACAUUAUUAAGUCUUGGUAUGGCAGGUUAUAAACAAUUAAUUGCUCAAAGAAAAGAAAUGUAUGCUUAUUUAAAAGAAGAACUUGGUAAAUUAGCGACAAGACAUGGUGAAAGAUUACUCGAUACAAAAGGCAAUCCAAUAUCAAUGGGAAUGACAUUACAGUGUUUGAGUCAUCAGCAUGAUCACGGAAAAAUAACUAUGUUAGGAUCAGUGUUAUUUUUGAGAAAUGUUAGAGGUGCAAGAGUCAUCACCACAACAGAUGUAAAACAUAUUGUAUCUCACAAAUUUGAAGGAUGGGGAGCACACAAUAGCAAUUAUCCAAUACCAUAUUUAACAGCAGCAGCAGCACUUGGAAUGAAAAAAAGUGAUGUUGAUACAUUUGUACAACGUUUGGAUAAGGCAUUAGUAAAAGUACGUCGGCAUUCAACAUCAGUAACACCAACUGCAUCAGUAGCUGGUUCAAGUAUAAAUGGUGAUACCGGUAAUCCAGGUGGACCUGGUGAAUCAACAACAGCAUCAACAAGUCGUGCUAGUAGUAAAGAUAGUCUACGGAAAUGAACCGUAAUCAACGCAACUGGUCACUCAAAUCAGCACAUGAAUAUUCACUUAUAAUAUCAAUAAUAAUAACGAUUUAUAAAAAUGAUCGUGAAAUAUUUAGUAUUAUUGUACUGAUCUUUUUAGACAAUUUGCGUUGCUAAAUAGUUGAAUAUUUAUUGAAACUCAUUUUUCAAUAAACUUUCAUUUGGCAAACUUUUAAGAAAAAAAAUAGGUUUAUAGAAUGUUGAGAUUAUACUUCAAACUUUGUGUUUUGCAUAAAAAACAAGUAUUGAGCGCUGGUCGCUUUUUAUAAUUCAUUGAAUUUAGAUAAGAACUUCAUAAAGUAUUGAUUCAUUUGUUUUAAGUUUGAACUUUAUUUAAGAACUAUACAUGUUUUUUUUUUUUUUAUUGUUAAUGUUUUUAGAAAUUAUUAAUUAUCAAAUCGCAUGCAAAUAAGGAAUAAAAAAAAACUAAAUAAAAUUCGUAAGAAUAGUAUGAGUAAAACAAAUAUGAUAAUUCAAUACAUAAUUUCAUUGAGAGACAUAAUGAGUGAAACGGAUAAUAAUGAUUUAAUUAUUCAAUUCACCAGGUUUUCAUUUUCCCCUGGUUGUGUUAAUUUAAACGAAAAACCUAUAUUGUCCUUGGUGAAACUAAUUUCUUUGGUUAUCUCCGGAAUCGUCCUGGAUUUCAUCGUAAUUGAGGCUUCAGGAAAUCGAGUUUUCUAAUAAAAAAAUUAACGAAGAUAUUUGCGGAGCAAUUUCCAUAUCGUUUUCAUAAUCUCCGGAUUUUUACCGGAAUUUUUGCAUCAAGAAGAGUCUGAAAAACCGCAGAAAAUCCGAAAAAACUCCGGAAAAAGUCUGGAGGUCUCAAUUAUGUAAAAAUA